AUGCAACAAGAAAGUCAAGUUGAAAGUUUUUUCGAUGAAAUAAUUCAUGGUACUCAGCAAGGUGGGAAUGGCUUGAUACUUGGCGUACGGCCUGAUUUGGCAACGCAUAUGUUGGUACCACAAGAACUUUUGCAGCAAAACCACAUUGGUACCCGCAUACUGCAGCAUGUAUUACCAUCACCACAGCCUGAGUUUGUUGGUAGUACUGGUGGAUAUCCAGCGCAAUCAACACCUUCUGCUCUACCCCAGGUUUCUCCACCAGCUGUAAAUUUGCGAUCGGUUAAUACUGGAUAUCUAAUUCAAAAUAGUGGUUAUCAAAUGGAACCAUAUAGCAGCAGUAAUGUGAGUAGUAGUGCUUCGGGAAAUGAUGCUGAAAACUCGAAUUCACAUAAUGAUGGAUCAAUCAGCCGCAAACGUGUUCGAUCAGAACAACCCCCGCCACCUUCUCAACAACAAUCUCUACAAUCCCAACAACAGCAUAAUACCACAACACCAAGUAUUAAGAGUGAACCACAAAAGAUAUUUUCGUUACCAAGUCAGUUAACAGUGGUACCAUCACCAAUAGCAACGGUAGAUGAUUUUGAGGAUACUUUCCAUCAACAAGCUAUCAAAUUCACCGCUUUUAAUGAGGAACAUUGGGCCACUUUAUAUGAUAUCAAUCAACGACCGCUACAUCAACUGGAAAUGCAUGUUGUGGCUGAUAAGGGAUUCAACUAUAGUACAAUGGAUAAUUGUUUUGUAAAUCAAAAGAAAAAUCAUUUUCAGAUUUCGGUUCAUAUAGAAGCCAUCGAUAAUCAUCCACCCAAUUUUGUCAAAUUAGGCAAUGAACUGAAAAUGGUAAAAGAAUUUAAAUUAGCAUUUUGUGGAGUUAAAAGCGAAAUGCCAACUUCUGAAAUUCAAAUCAAGCAAUCAACAACAGAUCGACGGCCGGUGCCACAUGAUCCUGUUUCCUUGGAAAUUCAUGAGCGGCGUAUGACAAAAGUAACGGUUCCAAGAUUACACUUCUCUGAAACAACGAUGAACAAUCAACGUAAGAAUGGUCGUCCGAAUCCUGAUCAGAAAUACUUCCUUCUCGUUGUACGCUUAAUUGCGUGUACUUCUGAUGGUCAUGAUGCCAUUGUACAAGCAUAUCAAUCAGAGAAAGUAAUCGUACGAGCAUCAAAUCCAGGUCAGUUCGAGCCACCUGAUUCUGAUGCAACUUGGCAGAAGAAUGGUUCAACGUUGUACUACAACAAUGGUUCAGUAGCAAUCGGUACUGAUCGAGCGGUAGCACCGUUAACUGUUGGUGGUGAUAUUUAUUGUUCUGGUGUUGUACACCGUCCAUCAGAUCGACGAAUCAAAGAACAAAUACAUGAGGUGGACACUAAAAGUGCUCUAUCACAUCUUGCUCAAAUUCGUGUUGUUGGCUAUUCAUAUAAGCCCGAAGUGGCGUUGAAAUGGGGUUUAUCCGAGGAAAAUCGUCAUCGAGUCGGUGUUAUUGCCCAAGAAUUAGCUGAAAUUUUACCAGAUGCUGUAACUGAUAAUGGUGACUUCUUACAAGUUGACGAUUCACGGAUAUUCUAUGAGACAGUCGCAGCGGCAACCGAACUUUGUCGUUUGACUGGAAAUUUAGAGCAUAAAAUUGAAGCUGUUGAAAAGUUAUCACAUAAAUUAGCUAAAUUACAUCGAAGAAAAAAUAAAGACAUUGGAAGUUUGGCAAGUGGUCUUAGUGAUAUUGGGGGAUAUUCAGAUCAAACGAGCUAUAUGUCAUCGCAUAUGUCACUUGCUUCAACUGCUCCAUCUUGUGUUUCACGUGAUAAAUGUCAUCAUAGAAGUGAAAAAGAUAGAAAUAGAAAUCGCGAAAAGCAUUGGCAUUGCCGAAAUCCUUCUUGUCAUCGUUCAGAACCUCCUUUUUUAAUAGCAAUGUCAACACUGUAUGUAUUGGACUGGCAUAACCGAACAUUUGGUUAUCAUAAAAGAGGUUAUAAUUCUAAUGGCAUAACAACAAUUGAUCCAUCAGUUAUGGAUCAGAAUGGCAAAAUCGGUCAUAUUGUUCAGCUGAAAGAUAGUGAUAUUUGGAAGCCACCAAUCCAACUAAAUGUUCCUUUACUGAGCACACCUUGUAAUCACAUGCACUGCCACAGCUACUGUUGCAUGGAACGUAAUAUUCACAGCACGUCUACCGCUGAUAUUAUUAUUAAGGAUGAUGAGCUGAUGGAUUUGGCUGAAAUUGAGCGACAACAAUCUCUAUUAUUCGCUAGGAAUGAACGAGAAAUCAAGUCUCGACUCCGUGAUCAGCACUUAGUUUUGCCUCCAUUACCAUCAAAUGUUAAUAUUGAAAUACUGGACUUUAAUAUUACAAUUGAUGGUCGAUAUUGCAUCGGUAAUAGUUGUAAACCUCAGCGGGGCCUGUAUAAUUUCUAUAUACCAAUCUCACCUAUGAUGCCAACUGUUCCAUUAGAGAUCAAAUUUGAUGUUGAAAGUAUUGAUAGUCACGUUGACAGUUGUGGUAGUUUGCGUGAUUUCGAUCAAAAGCCAUGCAGUGACGAGCACGUAGUGAAAGUGGAAAUUGAAAAACAACCAAAUGUUCAGAAAAUAGUUGAAGGAAUAUACGAGUUACCGAUUGGAAAUUACAUGCACAGUGCAUAUCGUUUCCGAGUUGGAUACAGUACGGAAUCUUGCAGUAUGAAUGAAUCUCAACGCGGCCGUAGUUUUGAUGAGUACAAUCUGAUAUUUUAUCGUCAGUGUCAUUCAGUUCCUUCAGUUUCCUAG